AUGACACGGCAGACGGGCUUUAUGACUGCUGCUGGAGUGAGGCGAAUGAGAAUCUUCUUGUGUCUGCCAGUGGCGAUGGCAGUGUCAAGGCAAUCAGUGGACUGGAACGUUGUGCGCCGCGACUCCUUCCUCUCAUCAUCCUGGGAUGACACAAUCAAGUCCCUUCCGCUGCAGAGCUUAUCUCAGUCUGGUCCGACUUUUGAGGCGCCUCAAAAGCAUGCUAUUCUCCUCCAGCUGCAUCUGUCUCUCGUCAUUCCUCCUUCCAACGCUGAGCAUUGGAGUCCUUUAGCUCAACUCACAUCUGGCGAUUGCACUCUCCGCAUCUGGGACCUCCGUGAGCCGCGAUCAGUGCUCGUUCUCCCAGCCCACGACAUGGAAAUCCUCUCCUGUGACUGGAACAAGUACGGCGGCGGGUCACUCAUCGCCACAGCUUCGGUCGACCGAACCAUCUGCAUGUGGGACAUCCGUGCGCCCCGGCCUGGGCCCGGCCGUCCCGAGCCUCUGGCUCGGUUGCAAGGGCAUGCGUAUGCGGUUCGGCGCGUGCGGUGCUCGCCGUUCCAUGAGCCGUUGCUUGCUUCGGCGUCGUAUGACAUGACCGCGGCGCAGCAGCUGGCGCGGUGGCGGCAGCAGCAAGGCGCGAGCUGGCAGUCAUUCGCGCUGGACCUCGCACUCGGCGGCGCGCUAGGCGGCGUGUCGCACACGAUCGUGGCGCCGAUCGAGCGCGUGAAGCUGCUGCUGCAGACGCAGGACAGCAACGCCGCGAUUCUCGCGGGGCAGCACCGGCGGUACCGCGGGUUCGUGGACGCGGUCACGACGAUCGUGAAGGAAGAAGGCUUUUGGGCGCUGUGGCGCGGGAACGGGACGAGUGUCAUGCGCUACUACCCGUCUCUCGCGCUCAACUUCGCGUUUAAGGACUACUAUCGCGUUCUCUUCGCCCCCUCGCACCUACUCAUAGACCCUUCCGCCACGCGAAUCGCAGCGGGAAACUUUCUGGCAGGCGCAGCAGCAGGAGCCACGAGCCUCCUAGUCACUUACCCCCUAGACGUGGCGCACACGCGCCUAGCCACCGAUAUAGGCACGCGCCGGCAGUUUGCAGGCAUGCGAUCCGUUAUUGCGGCGCUCUGGCGAGCAGAGGGGAUCAAAGGCUUAUAUCGCGGAUUUCCUGCGUCCGUACAUGGGAUCAUCGUGCAUAGGAGUUUGUACUUUGGCGGGUUCGAUAGUGCCAAGCAGCUGCUGUUGAAGGGUCACGGCGGGGGAGGGAGAGGAGGAGCGGGAGGAAGAGGGGAUGGAGGAGAGGGAGGAGGGGGAGGAGGAGGGGCAGCGUUAGUGGGGGGAGGAACGAGUGGAGCAAACAGCGGGGGGCUCUUCAGCAAUAUCCUCCGAGGCACUGGGGCGGCAUUUAUUCUUGUCAUGUAUGACGAGGUUCGGCAGUUUGUGCAUGGGGAUAAGGGGCUGUAG